UCGCUCACUUUAUAAUACAAGCUGUAGCGAGACGGUCGGUGGUUCGAGUUUUUCGUUCCGCGAAAGGUUUUUUCCUCUUUUUUCCGUUCCGUUCUCGGUUGGAUUUUAGACGCGAGUGGUGUGCGAAGAGCGCGGGGCGAAUUUUCCUAUUGCGCGAGUGUUCCGAAGGCGUUUUCAGCGAAUCACAAUGAAAAUCUGGACUUCAGAGCAUGUAUUCAACCACCCAUGGGAAACCGUGGCCCAGGCAGCCUGGCGCAAGUACCCGAAUCCAAUCAAUACGGCAGUGAUCGGCACCGAUGUGGUCGAGCGGAGGGUCGUCGAUGGCGUUCUGCAUACGCAUCGAUUAGUCAGUUCCAAAUGGUACUUUCCACAGUGGGCCCAAAAGCUGAUCGGAUCGCCGAAUGUGUGCUACGCCAGUGAACAGUCCACCGUGGAUCCGGCCAAAAAGCUGAUGACGCUGAAGACCAUCAACCUGACCUUCGGGAGCUUCCUGUCGGUGUACGAAACGCUCAGCUACGUGCCACAUCCGACCGAUCCGGACAAGACGCUGCUGAAGCAGGAGGCCACCGUCCAGGUCGAGGGGGUGCCCCUCAAUCGGUACAUGGAGGACGUGCUGACCAAUAACAUUAGCACCAACGCCGGCAAGGGCCGCCAGGGUCUCGAGUGGGUGAUAGGGAAGCUGAACUCGGAGGUAAAAGAACUGGCCAGUUCCGCAGCUACCAGCACGAAUGAAAUCCUAAAUCACACGAAAAAGUCCCUGGAUGACAUCACGGACCAGGCGCGGAAGAGCAUGGAUGAGCUCAGUGCGAAAGCCCAGAAAAUCCACGUAUAGUAACAAACGUUGCACGGCGUCGCCCAGCACAGGUGCUACCGGUGCUAGUGCGGUUGCUUCCUCGUCGUCGUCUUCUUUUUCUACCACAGCAACACCAACGGCGGCAACGUCGACGACGGCAGCCACAUCGGGUACGGCGGCGACUAAUUCGAAGGCUGGCCAUGGAAGUGGAGAAUUCGCUUCCUCCAGUUCAUCAACCGGUUUGUUUCGAUCGAGUAACAGUACCAGCGCCAGUGCACCAAGAUCAUCCAAGACUACUACUGCAACUACAACAGCUAAAGAGUUUUAUUCUGCAACUAGCACUGACAACACUACAACAAGAAAAGCAUCAUCAUCAUCAGCAUCACCAUCAUCAUCAUCAUCACCGUCGUCAUCCUCUUCAGCCAGUAGGUCUAGUACAAUCCCGCCAACCGCUUCGUCAUCCUGAUUGUGGGCCAAAUUUGCACGAGACGCUGUGCGGUGCAAUUUACUGUUAAUCGUAUAGAUUUUCCUCAUAAGUACUAUUCUGUUAUUCGCUUUCGGUUUUCCCUCCAUAUCCUCUCUUCCUGACUUUUGUUUGGUUUUUUUUCGGUUUCAAAAUUAAGAUGAAAAUUCUUGUCGCUUAUUUAUUUAUUAUGAUUAGUAAAUUCAAUUGUACAAAUCGACAAACAUAUGGUCUACACUGAAUUCUUCUCUCUAAUCCUGCAAUCCGGAGUAUCGCCUUUAUCCCGAAAAACAAUAUCGGGAUGUCGCACGCCUUCGUCGGUUGUCUCCCUUCAAAGCAUCUUUUCGCCAACAUUGAGGCUCUUUUGCGAAUAAAAAAGAAGCCCUGCCGGGAAUAGGAAUGCACAAACUGACGAAGACGCGCGACACCCUUUAAUAUAGUUAGCUUUUUAUCUAAUAUACGCGCUCAAAAGAGUUCCCCACCUACCGACCCCGCAGCUUCAAGCGUAAUAUCUAAGAAUACUGUUCCGCGCACCAAGAAACCAAUCAUUGUGGUCAUUCUAAUCAGAUACAAUAUUGAUCUAAGUUACGAGACACCAGUUUAUUAAUUUUAGACAGUGCAGCAUAAACCGAUACGAAAGAGAAAUGAGCGAAUCAAUUAAUAACCGACUACCGUGUAAAUAUCUCUUACCUAUUGAAUAAUUAACCGAAGGUAUAUUCGUGACGUGAUUAUUUAGCAUUAAAUCUAGAAGCUAUUAGUAUUAGUAGGACAUGCGAAGGAAAUAGGAAAUCAAUAGUUGUUCUUCUUUUGCAACCUUGAAGCUUUUUAUCCCCCAUCCUGGCGCACAUAAUAGGUGGUUUGUGUGGCAUCGAACGAAAGAGAUUGACGAGUAUGAGACUACACUUUCUCAAAUUACACAAACCCACGAACGACAACAGGGAGAGAGGGAUUCGGGGGGUUAAGACCUUAGAUUCCUUAUUCAUAAUAUAGAAGCAGAAAAGCAAGAGGUGGUACCGGUUUACACACAUUCCUGUGGAAAGAGGUUAAAAAUUGUCUGUGAAUUAGCUCAGCCGAAUGGAAAAUUUUUGUUUUGGGUUUCGAUGGUUUCUUUUUCGAUUUGUUUUUUGGAAAUUGUUUUCGAGGCAGCGAGGAUUAGAAAAAAAAUACAUUUCGCGAUCGACAUUCUUGAAUGGUACGGCUGAGAUUGUGAACAAAUUGAAGAGAAUACGUAGGUAAAAAUAAAAAAAAAACAGGAAAGAGAAGCAAAACGUACUCACACACACACACAAACAUACAUUUUUGUCAGUCAAUAACGUUUAAAUUGUUGUAAUGUUUCAGAUGAAGAGAAUUUAAAAAUAUGCGAGCGUGAUAGCUUGGUUUUCAAACAUCUCCUA